AUGACUAUCUUCAAACAAUUUUUUGUGGUCACUUUGAUUCUGGCAAUCCGUCUCUUCAUUUCAUCUGACGCAAUCCCUAUCGUCGACUCCGGCGUCACCUACGAUAAUACUGGCGGCACUCGCAUCAGCGACAAUGGUAUCAUCGUCGGAAACGAUAAAAACGUCGACAUCGGCAACGGCGAAGGCGUCCAAAACACAGGCGUCAACAUCGGCAACGGCCACAAAGGCGUAGGCAACGAUGGCUUCACUGUCAAAAACAGCGGCAUCAACAUCGGCGACGCCUACAGUGGCGACGGCCUAAAUGGCGGUUUCGGCACCGCUAAUAGCGGUGUCAACAUCGGCAACGGCUACGGUGGCAAAGGCGUUAACGGUGGCCAUGGCGGCUACGGCAUUGUUAAUAGCGGCACCAACAUCGGCAACGGCUACGGUGGCACCGGUUACAAUCCCGGUGGCUACGGCGGCUACGGCAUCUUUAACAGCGGUACCAAUUUAGGCACUGGCUUCGGCGGCAAAG